AGUGAACGUGCAACUGUCAACGGCGUCAGACGUCAGCAACGGAAGCUGGAAAAGUGAAUAAGUGAAGAAGUAAAAUUGUGUUGAAUCACAGAAAUUCAUUGAUUUUCAGAGGUCAAUUUGUGGAAAAAAGAAAAACAAAAGAAACGAAAAGUGUACUCAGAACAAGCAGCAACAAAAAUAACUGUAAACACAAGCAGCAACACUAAAAUAAGCAAAAAAAAAGUUUACUCUUUCAAGAGAAGUGAUAACAAAAAACGACGGCGAAAGAGCGAAUGCAAGCAACGAGAAUAAAAAAAAUAAAUAAUGUUUGAAGAGGAGCUGGUGUAAAAAAUAUACAAUAAACGAAAAAAGGAAAUUCUUUUCGAAUAGAAAUUAAAUGUGAAGUGAAUGUGUAAAGUGAAAGAGCCAUUGUGAGCGCUGUUGUGAAAAUGUGUGAAAAUUCAUUCUAAGCACACACAUGUGAAAGCGUCACUCGCCACCUACUUCGCCAUCUUAACGAAGUGGCAACAAAAACCAAAGCAACAAUAACAAUAAAGGAAUAACUACUGCUACAAAACGGGCAAUGCCACGAAACGCUGCGUCGACGCACAUUCACACGCAUGUAAAAUCAACAAAAGAGCUGUCAGUUUAAGACCCGAAUACAUGUGUUACAACAACAACAAUAGCUACAACCAUAAUAGAAGCAGCAACGGCAAGCGCCGCUGAGACAACAACCAAGGCCCCCACACAAAGGAGGCAGCAAAAACUAUAAAAGUAACCAGGAAAUAUAAGUCGCAGAGCAACAGCGAGCGAGUAACGGGAAACAGAAGUUUUUGUCUGGAAUUUGCCGUCUUGUCUUCCUGUGACGUUAAGUGAACCUCGAGCAUUAGCAAAAUGUUGAAGUUUCUGCGGAUUAUUUGCAUUUGGAUUUGCUGCGCAUUCUGCCUGCUGGAGCGCAUACAAUUGCCCGCCGCCACAGCCGCGAUUGCAGCACCCUUCGAGUAUUUCGAGGAUCACGACCAACUCUCCUACGACUUGGAUACCGAACAGUCAAAAGCCAAAUAUGAUACACGUCUGCUGUCCGAACAAAUGUUGAAGUUGGAAAAAUCCACUGAACGAUACGAAAGUGCUGACAGAAACGCUAACGGUAUAGGCAACAGUGCGACCAAUUCCGAACUGGAAGAAGACACCGAGUCGGAAGCAGAUACGGAUGUGGAUGAUUUGCAACCGCAUGAACGUGCGGCUUCGUGUCACAACAAUGGCCAUAAAUACACGCACGGUCAAAAGGUACCUCGAAUUGAUCCUUGUGAAGUUUGCCUCUGUAUGGAUGGCGAAAUAUUUUGCUGGUGGGAAUUAUGUUCCAAAAAGCCUGCAAGCCAAAUCCCGGCCGAAUAUCAGACAAACCCACAAUACGACACUUCCACUGUCAGAUUGAAUGCGCGGAGCAGUACUGCGGGCACGACAGCACAACCCACCGUUUACACAGUGAAGCUGCAGCAACAAUACCCAGAUCCACGCCCCUACGGCAGCACCUUCGAUGUAAGCGCACCGAAACCUGAACACCUCACUGAGAGCAGUAAAAGCAAGCAACAACAACAAACGCAGGACACAACCAUCACCAGCUCCACCGCCAUCGGUGGCACUAAGCCCUACGUGCACGCCACCAAAUCCUGGCAGAAGAAGAAGACUUACCAGCAACAGCAGAAGCAAAAAUACGAACAGCAAAAGCAACACCAACACAAACAUGCACACGAGCAUGCCGCAUACUAUGCCUAUCCGCCGUCAUCGUCAGUGUCGGCCAGCAAAAUUCUGAGCUUUCCGGAGAACUUGCCAUCCGUGUUGUAUCACGACUACCGCACCGAGGAGCAUCAGCACCAUCAACAUCAACAUCACCAGCAGCACUUGAAGCAUCAGCAGAAAAAGCUACAGCUGCUAAUGCAACAGCAACAACAAAAGCGCAAACAACAAAUGCUGCAGCACACACACGGUCCGCGGAAGGAUGGGGAGCACCAACCAUCGCAACAUCAACACGACAUUUUUGCGGGAAAAUCGGCAGCGAGUGCAUAUGCCUCAUCGCCGUCACUGUACACUGGUAGGGACAGCAGUAACUUAGAACUGAGCGCCGACUGGGGGCUGGUUGGCGGCAAUGAAAAAAUCUACGAUGAUGCCGAGGCUGACAGCGAUAUACUCCCCGAGCCGCCGACAAAGAAACCGAAAAUGACAGCCGCAGCAGCAGCUGCAACAGCGGAAGCACCAACAAGUUCUGUUGAGCUGGUAACAACAACUACUACCAGCAACAUAUCUGCCAGCCAAACACAGCUGGCCGUUGCUGUUGGCGCACAAGCGGCCGGACACGUAGGUGUGCAUCAGAGUGACAGCUUCGUCGUCGGCAACGAGAAGUCAUUAAAAAUUAAUGCUGCUGCGUCGCUUUCGCUAUCCCCCUCAUCCCUCACUAACUUCACGUCAACGGCAACAUCAUCGGCUGUGGUUAACGCGGCCACACCAGCAAAUCCAACGUUCAACAAAAUAACGGACAACAUGGCGGAACUCCGGCAGCAGGAUGUGUUUAAUCGCGAAAGCAGCGAAGAAGACCAAGAUGACGCCUUCCAUCGCUGGCUCACGUCCACCGAAAUUAAUGCCAACAACAACAAUAAGAACAACAGUGGUAGCUUUACUGAUUAUAACAACAAUUCCUCGGAGUUAGAGAGCGCGAAUCCAGCACGUCGCACAGAUUUGUCCGGUCUCGCCGGGACACAAACUAUUAACGCAACGACCGCAGCAAAAACAAUAAACGACACGAACGCCACAAGGGGAACGGGCGGUAGCGGUGGCGUUGGCCUCGGCAGAAAUAAUAACAAUAGCAAAAUUGAUAACGUUUACUUUCGCAGUUCCUACAACGAUUACAGUAGUGAAUACAAUGGCAGCGUGGUGAAUAUCGAUAUAUUGCUCACCACGGCGGAUGAGCAACAACAAGCUCAACAACAGCAUAAGGCCGAUUUGAUUACGCAGUCAAGCAGCAAUUCACAGCAGGCGGCAAGCAGCAAUUCCAGCACAGUGGUGGCAAUAAAUGCAACAACAACGUUACCAAUUACUGGCGUUCAAACGAGCAGUCCGGAGCGACAGUGCAAUGUUAUGGGCACGCUAUACAAAAUCGGCGAUGUACUGCCACAGGAUACCGGAAAUUGCCUGCAAUGUGUGUGCAUAGAUGGCUCGACGAGCGAUGACACGCCGCGCGUCACCUGCAGUCCGCACAACUGUCCGCCUCUGGUGCUGCCAGAUUUGUUCGAUGCCACAGGAUAUUAAAUGGCGCUACAACAACACACACGGGCCAACUCACUCUGCGGCCGACAUCGUAUCCAGAAUCAUGCACCCGCACACACCUACACCAAUAAGGCACCAGCGAUUCAACAAAAAAGCGUACAACUAAAGCAUCACUCCUGAUGGCAACAGUAGUAACAGUAAUAAUGAUGCGUUUCGCUCGCAGUUCAUCAACUAGAGCCACCGAUGUCGCUGAAAGUUGAAAGCUAAUGGAUCGCCAACAUUCGGUCGAUGUAAAAUGCAACGCCUAGGCAUAUCCUGCAACAAAUCAAACUUCCAAAGAAACAACUACGUCAAACGUACACAGAUAUCUACAUAAACCGUUGCACGCACAUAUUAAUAAACUUAGUAAAAUAUAAAAUGCAUAGACCACAGUCCUUCCAUAUAUACAUAUAAACCUGCACACUAACACAUUUAGAGAAGAGCUGAAAAAUAUGAAAUAAAUUAAACCCACAAAUUUAGUACUAAGCCGAAAGCUAGAAACUCACAUCUACCAAAUAUUCCAAAAACUGUAUGAUAAAAUUUAAAACCAAAUAUUUAUUUUUUGAGUUUUAGGCUUGCAUAAAAUAUCAUUUGGCGCCGCUUUAUGGCAGAACGGUAAAACGUAAAGCAUAAUGAGGCUACCGACUACAGAUAUCGUUGCAGAUAAGUGUUAGUAUAUCAACUAAGAUAGAUAUAUAGGAUAAAUGUAUACAUACUUAACGAUAUUGAUUUGCAAUAUAAAGCAAAAUUUACUGAUAAUUUAUAUUUGAGGCAGUAUUGAAUUAAUAAUUAAUUACUGCUAAGACGAUAAUUAAAUACUGCAAACUGGUGAGAUAAGUUGGAUAUUACAAAAAAAAAAUCAUAUGAAAGUAUAUAUUUGCAUAUAUUUAAGUAUAUAUGUAUAUAAUAAUUGAAACUGAGUACAGACAAAUAAUUUAAUUUCAUGAAAAAUAUCGUGAAAUAAACUAGACUUAUAACCGUAAUUCAUAGCAAACAACAAACACAUAGAACAAAUUAUAAACAAAUUACAAAACAAAUGAUUUAUUGCUUUAUUUAAAAUGUUUAAAUUAUUAAGCGGAAAUGCAGCCAAUUCGUUAUGUAACAAAUGCUGAAAUUGCGAAUUUAUAACUGGCAAUGCAGACGCGUUGCAAAGUGUUGAUACAAACAGACCAAAGUGCAUGUGAAAUAAUUUAUUAAAAAAUGUGCAUAAAUGCUCUUUUCCAUUUGCACACAAGCAUUUGCACAAAUAUAACUGUGAGUGCAGGCAUAUUUGCAUAUUUAAAUACAUAUGUUCAUAUGUACGCUGCAAAGUAUGCAUUCGCUUGUGGCAGCGCAAAAAAGUUGCGUAUACGCCACGGCGCAAAUGCGGCGACUCACUGUUAAUCACUUCAACAACUUAAUUAAAAGUAAUCAAACUAUAAACUAUUUUUACAACAACAAUUGAGUGCAAAUUAUCACAAUUUAUUUUCUUCGCAUUUUGGAACACUGAUUUAUUGGCUUUUAAUUAUGAAAUGUGUUGUUUUAAUACUUUUUUCUAUGCAUAUAAUUAUUUUGUUUGCAUAUGUUGCUGAAAGCACAAAGCUUUUCCACAAAAACUGAUUUGAAGGUGACGCCGAAAAGCAUGCUAAGCUCGGCAAUCCCUAACAGCCAGUUGAAAAGCCAGCAAAAACUAUUUUAAUUGUAUUUUCAUCAAUUUUGAAAUUUGUUGUUAUACUUGGCGUUUUAAUUAUUUGCUUAAUUUAAAAAGAUUAUAAUAAAAUUAUUUAAAAGAACGCCAAUGCGGCAUACUCGUAUAUCACUUUAUUAAUUCUAUAUUUAUAAUUAAUUGGUUUUGGUAAUGCAAUCUAAAAUAUUUUAUUUAUUUUAGGCGUUAAUUAAUUAUUUUUGUCUCUAUACGGUUUUAUUUUUCGUAAUUGGUAUGGAUAUCGUAAUAUAGGUAUAAAUAUUUCUGCCAAAAUUAUUAAGAAUUUAUUUAUUAGAUAUUUCAUUUUAAUAACUGGUUUCCAAUUUUUGGAUCUUUAUCACUGUUCGUGACAUAUUUCAUGUGCGGCAAUUAUGAUCGGGUGGUCGGGAAGUUGAUUAAAUGUGUUACCACUUAAUCCUGCACACUUUUCUAUUAAAACUAACCAAAUUUUAAAGCCUAUUCAAAUAAUUUAAAGAACGCGUUAUUAAUAAUUUUCAUAUCUUCACAUUCAGGAGAAUAUUACUUCCAUAUGUUCGAGUAUUUUAAGGUAAAAACAAAGGCAUGUGGUUUUCAAGAAAAAAUAAAAGGAAUAUAAUUUUAUGUUAUGGCCAAGAAUUUAACUUCAUUAUAAACAUAAUGAUAAAAUUAUCUUGGUAAGUGAUCACUGCGGCUGGCUCCAAUAAGUUCCACCGACAGGCCAAUUUUCAAUCACUUCUUUCUGCAAUUGAAGCCGUAUUUUAACAAUAACGCACCGAACAUUAUCUUCCAAGGCGUCAAUCGAGACGGACUUAUCUGCUUAGAGAAAAAAUGCACUCACUAAAUAUGUCCUUAAAUAAAUUGAUGGUUUCGUUGGUUGUAUGUCAUGAGAAAGUCAUGAAUCAUGGCCCUAUAGCGUUCCCUAUUGCCAGCUUCAUUUUUGAAGAAAUAUGGACAAAUGAUUCCUCUGCUCAUAGACCACACCAAGCAGGAACGGUGUCUCAACAAUGACUUGUGGAUUAUCAUUACUUCAAAUGCGAAAAUUUUGUUUAUUAACGUACCCAUUCAACCAAAAGUGAGCUGAACAAAAUUUUCUUGUGAAAAUCGGGAUUGAUGGCCAUCUCGUUUUGAACUCAUUGACCGAACUUGCGACGCGCUAGGCGGUCGCUCGGAUUCAAUUCUUGCACAAGUUGGUUUCGGUAAGACCGCAAACCAAGACUCUUCCACGAAAUCUUCCAUAAAGUGGUUGGGCACAGCUCCAAUCGUUGUGACCGAAUGCAAAUGAGCUCAUUCGGGUCUUCCUUGAUACUCUGCUCCACAGCAGCAACAGCGUCUUCUGUGCGCACUGUAUGAUUUCUCUAAAGAUGCUCAUGAUUCACUAGAGCAAACGUGGUGCGAAACCGACCCGUGGUUACUCUAAUUAACAAAUACUCCAUAAAACAUCGAUUCUCAAACAUAGCUUACAUUUGAAAUAUAUUAUAUUCUUUACUUACUGGGCUAUGAUCAAUAUUUUAUUUUUCAAAGCUGUACAAUUUUUUUUUUUUUUUUGUGGAAUAAUGUCAGAAUAUAAUUCUUAAUUACUAAGCUGCUUUUCCUUUUAUUAUUGUUUUUGAGUAGAUCUUUUCGAAGCAACUUCAGAAAAACUAAUAAGAAGGCCGAAAUUUCAGUACUUGGUCCAACCAAAUAUGAAGCCGCAGCACAUGAACAAUAUCCAGUAAGACCCUUUACGAUUACGGCAAGAUAAACUUUCGGAGGACCUAUUAUGAUUCACUCUUGGCCAGCAGGAUCUCGUAGUCGCAGAAUUUCUGAUUGUUGACCAGCGCUUGCCGAGCUCAAUCGGUUGAAAUUGCCCGCCGGCGAUUCCACCAUGACCGAGCCUCCAUACAAGUCUAACAGUACAUCUACCGCUACCUUGAUGGCAGUCAUUUUCAUUACACCCAUCCAUGAAAAAGCUCACUGCAUCUCUUCUUCAACGGAUUCGCCCCGCUCACAAAUCCUUCGUAGGUAUGUGAACAGAGAAAGAAUCACCAGGAGAAAGUUUCGCGAUGCACUAAUCUUGAUUGUAAGGAUUGUAAUGGAAGUAGUCCCUACCCUGGAUCCCUCAUAUACCAAGCUUCCCUAAGUUUACAGUCUUCACCCCAAAGUUCUUUCCUGCUUAGCUAAUUUUUUUUUCUGAGCGCCCUUCAGUUAACGUCCCCGUAAAAUAUUAUUAGUUUGCCUACGGUUUCAUCGAGCCUGAACCACCCAAACUCGGUGAUUUUGUAUCUCCUUAAUUAAGAUCCUCAUUGCAGCUAUGGUAAUAUCUUUUUACGUAAAGCGUUCAGAGUCCUCAAGGUUUGGGGUAAACUUUUAACUCGUUAAUACAUCGAAUCAUUUAUUCCAACAUAGAAGUCCGCUCAUGACCCCGCUCAUUAGGAUCAGUCGCUAUCUACUUUAUACUACAGUGAACUCUCAAAUUUCCAUUUGCCAUUCUUUAACCCACAGCUCAGUUCUUCAAAUGAGUUAGUUAUCGCAUGUUCUCCGGUACCACUUGCAACCAUAGCACUAGGAGGGAAGUCUACUACAGGAGAAUUCAGAACUUAAUAAGAGCUUUGUUACAAAUCGGACCAAUAUCCCCCAGCCGUUGGGCACCAAUCAAUUGUAAAUGGAAUAAGCUACUGUUGCGUUUCCCCUUACACAGACACGCACACUCACAACCCCACCCACACACAAUCCAUAGGGCUGUUUGUAAUGCUGCAUCUCCUCAACUCAUAAACCCUGUGAAAAGACAUGUUAAUCAAAAUUAAAUAAAUAAACAAUUUGCGCUGGCAAUAAAUGCGCAACGAAUGGUUAUAUGCAAAGAAAUGAAGACCGCAUUUGAUGGCUGAAAAAAUUGCAACCAAAACGAUGAAAGCUUGCGCAAAAAAUGAUAACAUAAAAAAGCACAAAUAUUUAAUUACAAAGUUUCCAUUCAUUUACAACAACAAAAACAAAAAAAUUAAUUAUUUUUAAUGAACUGCUGUAAUAACUGUAAUAUUCAUUGACACGCCAGGCAUUUUUAGUACUUUUCAAAAGAGCGAGAGAGGGAGAGAAAAAAAAUUAAUAAGUUUACACAGAUGACGAGCAAAAAAGCUGCAAACAAGCUGCAAAACCAACAAAUAAACACAAAAACGUAUAACUGGAAAAAAUAGAACAUAAAUAUUAAAAAAUAGCGAUUAAACUAAUAGACUUGCAUUUAUCGGCAUUGUAUCUUGACUUAAUAAUAACUGUAUAUGAAUAUCAUAGAGAGGCAUACAAGUAAGUUUCCGUAAUGUAAAUGUAGUUUUGCAUAUAAACAAUAAUUGUAAUUGUAAUUGUAACUGUAUAUUAUUACUUCAAAGUAGGCAAAAGUGAAAAUUAUACGAAAUUUAAACUAGGAAAUGUGUAAACUUCCAAUACAUCCAUACAUACUUAUAUAUGAACCAGUUGGUACUAUGUAUGAGUGCAUGAAAUUGAAUUAUUUAAAUGCAUGCAACUUCUUGCAUUACUUAAAUACAUAUAAUGAGAUAUAAUUAAGAUUAUUUACUCUGUAUUUAUAGGCGACAAAGUAUUGAAGAGAAGUAGUGAAAACUUUUACGUUGAAAACAAUUCAAAUAUAUUUAAUUAUGUAACACAAGAAACAAUAAGAAAUGACAUCAUUAUUGCAUGUAAUGAAUCCGAAUAAAUUACGAUUUGAAGAAUA